UAAACAAAUAUGGCUGCGCCCAUAGACGUAUGUCGUGUUUGUAAUGACUGUCUGCCUAUCAAACACAGACGCGUGAUUUUUGGCGAAACCUUUGGCGUUUUUCAACAGUUGACACAAGUUUUAGAUUAUAGAGCCUCUCCAAACGAUGGACUUUCGAAAUACGUAUGUGGGUUUUGCUUUACGAAGCUUAAUAAACUGUGCAAGAUUGACACUGAUUUGAUUCACAAAAUGGACUCUCUCAGGAGGGAAAAGAGUGAAGUGUUAGGAAUUUUAAGGGAGAAACAUUCUAAAACGUUACAACUGAUCAAAGUAAGAACCCCAAAGUCCCAAGAUAAACGAACAAUAGUGCAUUCACCAACUCCAAGGAAAAGUAAAAGAACGUUAUUUUCCACCCCCCAGAAAAACGACUUCGGAGAAAGUCAUGCCAAAAUCAGUUUACAAAAUGCAGAUCAGAUGGAGAUACCAUGUGUAGAAACAUUAAAAUCAGCUCCAGAAAAUCAGAAAGCCAUGUCUAUUACCAUAAAGUCGUUCACGCCAAGUAAACUCAAGGUGCUGUACAGAACUACCAAGAGUGAGAAAGUGAAAAGUAGAAUUAUUCCAUUAGGUCAUUGCCAGAAAAUUGUCAAAACCUUAACAAACAACAGUUCAUGUGACAGAAUUGGAAGAAUUAUCUACAAAACACCACUAAAAGCAGCGGUGAACAAAGCCGUUUUCUCUGAAGUGGAGAAGGACUGUGCUGCCAUGUGUUCCAAAAGGUUGCCUUCAGUAUUAAGAGAUUUCAGCAGUGAAAAUGUGUCAACUUUCUCCUUGGACAAAUUGAACAUUGAAAUACAAAAGAAAGCUCCACUGUUGCAUGGAGUUCUGCAACAUUCUGUGAAAGGAUCCAUUUUGGGAACUGUUGUCACUGCAGCAGUGGCGCUGAAAUUUCGCAACAACCAGUUGUCAGCAUUCCACCACAUAGUAGCUCAGAUUUUAGAUAAAGGGGGAGCAACAGAUGAGGUUGAUUUCCCAUGUAUAAUACUUAAAUAUCGAUCAUUGCAGGCUAUUGAUACUUUAGCAAAACUUGGUGUAUGUGUAUCAUCAUCAGCAAUGUCAAAGCAGAAACAGAGGCUCUUACAGAGACAGAAAGAGAAAAUUGGAACCCUUAUGCUGAAGGAAAAGGAAGAAUUAGAAGAAUCGGGUAAGAAUGAUUCUCAGAUAUCUUGUGAUAUUAUUGGGGAUAACAUAGACAUAACUAGAAGUCCAUCUCAGAUGAGUGUAGAUAGAAAAAGGCAGAGUUGGCACUGGUUUCUUCUGGUGGGGCUACAAAAAAGAGUUCUGAAUCCAUUGUUAAAUGAUACAGCACCAAUUGCAGAUAUAAAAUCAGUUGACAAUUGUACAUUUAUACCAAAUUUCGACGAGUGUAGAAAAUUGGAUGAACACUUCAUAUACCAUAUAACAAAUGUCCUUGUCAAAUAUGUGGGUUGCCUAAAGAAGUACAAAGACUGUGUGCCCAAGUUCAUUCAAAACCCUCAUUUGAAGGAACUUGCAGAAAAGUCAAAUUUUGUACUGCUAGACAUGUUGGAUAAAAGUGAAAACAAGUCUGAGGACAUGAUCACUAUCUUGGAACACAUACAUGCCAAUUACAUUGCUCAUACUGAUGGAGAAAAUCCAGCUGUCAUCAAGAAAAAAGUGUUCGGAGGUGACGUGCUUACCAAUGAACGAGCUUAUUCAGCUCAACUUGCCAUGUUGAAUGGUGACACAGAUUAUGACAGACUUGGUGGGUUAAUACACCGUCCCGAAGGAUUACACAGAAUGAUGAACCUUCUUUUGGUAUCAUAA